UAUCCGCAAUGCAUGUGCACACUUCCUUCCCCUCGUCUGAGGCAGAUGUAUAUACCGCAAUGUAUAUACCAGGCCGACAGAACAUCACUGUGGACAAGCUGACCAGACACUUCUCAGAACAGCAUGAGUGGGAGCUCAGCUUCAGUGUCAUCCUCCCAGUCUUCCAGCAAUGGGAGUUCCCAGUCAUAGACUUAUUAGCCACGGCAGCCAACUAAAAUGCCAGUGCUUCUGCUCCUGAGAAGAUUGAGACAAGAGUUUGGAGAGACACGCUUUCAUCAUACCCUGGACUGCUCCCCUUCUGUAUGCCUUUCCACGGAUUUCCUUGCUCUCCAGGGUGAUCAAUAAGAUUCACACAGACCAAGCCACAGUGAUUCUAAUAGUGCCCUACUGGCUAAGACAACCAUGGUUUCCCUACCUGCAUCAUCUAUCAAGUACUGACCCGAUUCCCCUGCCCACCAGCCCCCACUUGCUGACCCACCAUCGAGGCAAAACUCUCUACCCCAACCUGAGGGCCCUCAGACUCACAGCAUGGCUUUUUCAUGGUUCCAGAAUGAAGAACUUACCCAUUAUGAGAGAGUAAAGCAGCUCAUCCUAAACAGUCAGCGCUCCUCUAUGAGGUAUACCUACCAAAACAAAUGGAGACAAUUUCAAGAGUGGUGUGGCCAAUGUCAGUUACGACCAAAUACUGUUCUGAUAUCUACCAUACUUGAAUUCCUGAUGGACCUUCAUGAUGCAGGCCUCUCUAUCAUCUCCAUUCAUGUCCACGUGUCCGCCAUCACAGAUUUCCACAAAUCAGUGGACAACGUCUCACUCUUCACUCAUCCCAUCACGAAGCACUUUUUAGUGGAUUUGCAAAAGACAUGCCCAAAUUCAUGUUCAUCAGUGCCACUUUUGGAUUUAAACCUUAUGCUUGGCACAAUCACCAGACCACCCUCUGAACCACUAGCUACUGCCUCUCUGCAAUAUCUAGCUAUGAAAGUGGCCUUUAUUGUGGCAAUAACGUCUGCCAGAAAGGGGAACAGCCAUCUCCACACCAAGCUGAUUGCCAGUUGCAUAUAUACCUCGUACUGGCUUCACAGGAGGGAACCAUCUCAGACUAUCAGUGCACAUUCCAUUCAUGCAAUGGUCACAGCAACUGCUUUACUGUAAUGUAUCCCUCACAGAUAUCUGUAAAGCAGCGAUGUCGUCUUUGCAUCACAUCUUUGCACAACACUAUGCUCUGCAGCAGGGACCCAUACCUACCACCACCAUAGCUGAUGCAGUCCUUGCCUCUUCUCACAACUAACUGCAAGACCCAACACCACGAGCUGCAGGUACUGCUGGCUAGUCACCUGAGUGAACCUCCCACAGAGACACCACUUGAAGGAGAAGAAGAAGUUACUCACCUUGUGCAAUAACGAUGAUUCUUUGAGAUGUGUGCCCCUGUGGGUGCUCCACUACCCUUCCUUCCUCUCCACAACUUGGAGUCCAUUAAAGGAUUUCUGGCAGAAAAGGAACAGAGGGGAACCCACACGAUAUGUGCAGCCAAUGGAUGAAAACAGUGCGAGAGGGUGACUGAGCAUGCAGGAAGGCGCUGCUAGACAAAAAUCUCCGAUCUCUGGUGUGAGGAUGCACUGAGACCUGAGUGGAGCACAUAUCUUGAAGAACCAUUGUUACUGCACAAGGUGAAUAACAUCAUCUUCUCCUACACAAACCAUCAUCCCAUUGGUUCCCAGUCUUGUGGCUUCAUUUUCGCAUUAUCAUCAUAUCCUACAUACUAUGAACAAAGAAGGACUGGAGAGCCAUACAAUUAACCAUGGACCCAAACAUCAUCAGCGAUAUCUGAUGCACUCCACAUCUCUGCCCUGUGGGAGAAAGAGAACACAGACACUAAUGAUGUACAGUUUCAUUAUUUGUGAGACAGCAUAUUAAGAUUUUAUGUUGCAUCUGCAUGGGAGGGGAAGGUUGAACUGAUUUUUGCAUACUUUUCUAUUGUGUCAGUGCAGUGGAUCUACCCACAUGCUUUAACCUUCAGUAAACAGAAGAGAGUAUUACUUCAUUUUAUUCAUGCAUAAAUACUACAUUGAUUUCAAUGCAACACCCCCAGCGUGCCAUAUAGCAGCUUGAGACUAUGAGUGCACAAGACAUCCCGUAUGGUAUAUUCCAUAGAGGACCAUACACUAGAAAAAGAUGCCCUUUUAUUUGGUCCAUCACCAUCUGGCAUCUACUCAACAUGUAUCUGUACAUAUAUCUCCUGCACAGUUAUCACAAAUCAGGAAAAUCCAUCAUAAACUAGGAUAUCAGAAUUUAGAGCUCAGUUACCUAAAAUUACAAAGGGCACCCACUGAGAACUGCGUCAUUACUCUGGCAGAAUGAUGUGCCAUCUUGCCUAGAUUAAAGGAGGCCAGACUUCCAGCACACUGUGGCAUCAGGCACCUUGCUAAGGCAUCCAGUGUAUGUAUCUACAAACACGCCAUGGUGAUCCAAAAGGAUCUACAUAAUGAUGGACUGGUUGCUUUCACUUUAAUAUGUUUGCUUGCGUCAAAUGGCAGGCACAUGAUAUAUGUAUACCAUCAAACACACCUGCACACUCAGGAACUCCACUUGUACAAACUCUACCAUUUAUUGCCAGGAUUCUUUCCAACUGUUACAGCACUGGUGGCUAGCACAGCAUUAAUUACUUUGCAGACCUCCUUGACCACUGAGCCAGCUGUGGAUUUGCCAGCUUCAGGCUGAUUGCCAGCAAACUGGGGAUAGCAUAGGGUGAUCACAAAGUGCAUCUGUAGUGGUCUUGUCUUUCUCAUUAGGGUAUGCUGAUGCUCACAAGAUGAGCAAGCUCCAUUCUUAGCUCCAGGAAUGUGGCUUCCCACAUUUGACAGUUCUUGGCUGUAACAAACCCACCCAAGUCAUUCUAUGUUUCAUACUCCUACCAAUCUGUGAUGGUGAGCCUAGUCCAGAAACACGUUCUAUGUGGGAAAGUGAUGCUACCAUGAUAAAUAGCAUCAUCUCUGUCCAUGUCACCACAUCCUGACAAAAGUUUGCUGAAAUAGAGUAUAUGUAACAAGAAGCAACAUUAUUUGUAUUAAGGCCUUAACCAAAUCUGUAAUGCUGCUACAAUUUUCUUCUUUAUAUGAUACCAAAUAUUUAACUGCCUGAUAGAAUUGAUCUACUAUUGUAUGUACCCUGACUAUAUCUUUACAGAACACCAAUAUUUCCAGGCUUGUUUGUACUCAGUAAGGCAAUUAAUUUAAC